CAAAUCAAAUUCCUGUUUUUCCUUUUAUUACUUCUCAACUCCAUCAUCACUUACAUGCCCAACGGACAAAAUGCCCUCUGCAACUCUCUAAAACUGCUAAUCAAAACGUCUUCUUUUUGCUCUCUUUCGUAUCAGUUCACUUCAUUUUCUUCGUCUCUACCUCUGUUUUCAUGCUUCAAAGCAAAGCACUCACAAUUUCUCAUGUGUUCAACUUGUUGUUGAACCUUUGAUACCCACUUUCACCAACUCUAGUUGUGUCUCAAAACCCUCUCAAAAUUCAAUCCUUGUGAUCAAGCUUGAGUCUUUUGGUCAAAACUGAUAUGCCCAUUUCAGUUUCUUAAUGUUUCUCUUAGUUAACUCAGUCAAAGCCAUAUUUUGGUGUUUCUCCAGGCGUUCAAGCUUGGACUUGAGUUUUCUCGAGUUGGUCUCUGAUCUGCUUUCAGAUCUUCAAAAUUUGGAUUUCCCUGGGUUCUGGUCAGCUUUUGCUAAUUCUCAGUUCUUAUUUGCCAGAAUUCUGUAAGGUUUGACUUUGAGGCUUAUGAGUGAUAGGUUUACCUGUUAAUUGCCCUUUUGUUCUUUGAUUAUAUAUGCUAAGCUAAGUUUGUUCAUCAUUGUUGCUAAAGAGUGAAUUUUGGUUUUGCUUUGGGCAUUUUUGGCCAUUUUAGUUGGGUUUUGGACCGUUUGGGCAUUUUGAGCUUUGUAAUUAGGGCUUAAAGUAUGCAUCUGGUUGUUGUUUGAAUCUGCUCUUGGUGAUUUGUCUCAAAAUGUCUGUAAAUAGUCAAUAUUUUGUGGAGUGGAAAGAGGAGUUUGUCUCACAGGAGCGUGGGAACCGUGUGGUUCACUAUUUUUUGAAGGAUUCAAAUGGUGAAUCUACACUUGCUGUUGUUGGCACUGAGAGAAGUGUUAGGCAUAUGUUCUAUGUUGUGGCUGAGGAGUUUGUGAGGGUUUAUGGUGCUGAGAAUUCGAUACACACGGGUUACAAAUGGAGGUCGCGAAGAGAAGUUGUGGAUUGGCUCACAUCGAUGCUAUCUAAGCAGCAUCUUCAGGGAGAUCACUCUAAACGAUUUUCUGUGACAGAAUCGCCAAAACAUGAAUCAGCACAAGCGUCAGGCUCUCCUGAGUAUCCUAAGAAUGGGGGUCGGUUAAGGAAUGUGAAUGGACGAAAUUCAGAUAUUGUGUGGUCAGGCAAUGCAUGGACAUGUGGCAAACAGCUCAAACAUUACCCCACUUUCUGCAGGAAUGGCACUACAAUAGCGAUUCAAUCCUUUGUCUUUGUCAUGGCUAACGGAGAAAAUCACUAUGUUGCAUAUCUAGAAGAUAUGUAUGAAGACAAAAAGGGGCAGAAAAAGGUCAAAGUGAGAUGGUUUCACCACUGUCAGGAAGUCAAAGGUGCCGUGUCUCUACGUAAUCCUCACCCAAAAGAAAUUUUCAUCACCGCCCAUGCACAGGUCAUUAGUGCAGAAUGUGUUGAUGGUCCUGCUACAGUCUUAACUCGUGAACAUUUUGAGAAAUGCUUGCCUGCAUUACCAAAUUCUUUGUUAGCCAGAAUACAUUUUUGCUCAAGACAGUUUAGAAGCAACAGAUUGAAGCCCUUUAAUUUGAGUAAAUUGCAUGGCUAUUAUGAUCAACCACUUAUCUCUCUCUUGAACUCAAGUCCCUUCUGGGAGACUGACAUGGAAGAAAGUGAACUGGCUCCUGGUGAGAAUGUAAAGCUCGGAACCAAGAGGACAAGCCGGGGUAGGGGGAGUCAAAUAGCAGAUAAUUUGGGAGUUGGAUCUGGUAGGGGUUACAAUAUGAUGAGGUAUGAGCCAUCAUGCAAGAACUUGAAAUAUGGUUUGUCGGGCCUAAGGUUGGUUUCCCUAAAGCAGAUUGAGUGUCAGCCUUGGUCUAGUCCAGUGUAUAAGGUUGAUGAAAAGAUAGAGUUGCUGUGCCAAGACAGUAGCAUUCGAGGUUGCUGGUUCAGGUGUGUAGUUUUGCAGGUAUCCCGGAAGCAUAUUAAAGUCCAAUAUGAUGAUCUACUAGAUGACGAUGGAUAUGGCAAUCUUGAGGAGUGGGUCCCAGUGUAUAAAGUAGCUUUGCCUGAUAAACUUGGUAUGAGGUGCUCUGACCGCCCAACAAUCCGACCAUCUCCUUCUAAUGAUCUGGCGGCCCUCUCACUUGAUAUUGGGGCUGCAGUUGAUGCGUGGUGGAGUGAUGGCUGGUGGGAAGGGGUUGUAACUGGAUUUGACAGUGGUAGCGAUGACUAUCUUCAAGUUUAUCUUCCUGGGGAGAGCUUCUUCUUGAACAUGCACAAAAAGGAUAUCAGAAUUUCCAAAGAUUGGGUGGGGAACCAGUGGGUUGAUAUUGGGGCAAAACCUGACGUACUCUCAGCGAUAUCUGCUGUUAUUAACCCAGAGAAUAAAAAUUCCUUGUCUUCAACUGUUGCCAAGGAUGUCAAGCCUGAUGGUUUGGAUGUGUUGUAUACUGAUGUUCCUAAUAGUACUAAACUCGACAUUUCUGAAGAGGAAAAACCAAAGUUAGGCACUUUAGCCACUUGUGAUAACCUUCAAGACAUGGAUCCUUUCAACGAGGAGAAGCCUGCAUCACAAGAACAAGUUAAAGGGGAAGGUGGUGAUGAAUUACACAGUGUCCGAUGUAACGAUGAAAAGGAUCACAAUGAGACGGAGGAAGAUAGUGAUGACAGUGGAAGUAGGUCAGAUGCAGACGAUUUUGAGACCUCUGAGCGUAAUUGCAAAAUUACAGAACUUGUCGAUGUCCCAGCAUGAAAUGUAAUACAGAAGGUAGAAAUUCCUUGAAUAAGAAUGGUUAAGUUAUAUUAUUUGCUGUCUAAUUUGAUGGGGUUUAUAGCUUGGUGGUGAGGAAGGAUGUUUGUAAAUAGUGGGCUCUGGCAAUGUGGAAAGUCAUGUUUUGCGUUUGACUUAGUGGCCUUAGUAGUUUGUACAGUAAUGAGCGUAGAAUUUCAGCAAUCUGUAUUAGCCUGAUUGAUUUAGAAAAAUUGAAUCUGGCAUUAGAUUCCUUGGGUAAGAAGCCUUUUAAUGGAGUCAAAUCUGUGUCUUGUUGACUCCCAUUACUGCUUCUUGAAGGUUCCUUGUAACUGCAAAUUUGUAUUUCAUAAUGACAGAAUUACUAUAACUGUCUCUGUAUUUCUUGUGAACAAGUAUAAUUUUAAUGCAGUCCUACUAGUUUAAACGCUA